CACAUCCUUUCGGCGUAGAGAGAGAUGCAAACAUGGCGACGCUGGCGGAGAAAUCAACGAAGGAGCGUCUUCUUUCUGUUCUGGACGACUUAGAGGUUUUAUCCCGGGAGCUGAUAGAGAUGCUGGCACUGUCCAGAAGUCAGAAACUCCCUCAGCCAGGAGAAGACACGCAGAUCUUGGAGCUGCUCGUGCAGAGGGACAAGGAGUUCCAGGAGCUGAUGGAGGUGGCGCAGCAGCAGGGGAAGGUCCACCAGGAGAUGCAGCUGCUGGAGAAGGAGGUGGAGAAGAGGGACAGCGACAUCCAGCAGCUGCAGAAACAGCUGAAGGAGGCCGAACACAUCCUGGCCACGGCUGUUUACCAGGCUAAAGAGAAGCUGAAAUCCAUCGAGAAGGCCAGAAAAGGAAGCAUAUCUUCCGAAGAAAUCAUCAAGUACGCUCACCGAAUCAGCGCCAGUAACGCCGUGUGCGCGCCGCUCAACUGGGUGCCGGGUGACCCGCGCAGACCGUACCCUACUGACCUGGAGAUGCGCAGCGGGAUGCUGGGACACAUGGCCAACCUGCCGUCCAACGGGAUGAACGGACAUCUGCCAGGAGACGCUCUGGCUGCAGGACGGCUACCCGACGUUCUGACGCCUCACUACCCCUGGCAGCCCUCAGACGUCUCAGUGGGGAUGCUCCCUCCUCACCAUGGAAACGACUUCGGCCUGGAGCCGCCGGGUCACAACAAGGAGAACGAGGACGACGUGGAGGCCAUGUCCACAGAUUCGUCCAGCAGCAGCAGCGACUCAGACUGAAACAAAGACACUGUGUGUGUAUGCGUGUGUAGGGGUGUGUGUGUGUGUGUGUGUGUGUGUAAUGUUAGGCAACACUUGAACAUAUAUUUUCUCACGAGGUUUUUUAACACCCGACCUAAUGUGUGAAUCAUUUCCGGAAAGGUGAGGUUAUGAAGCGCCGCUCGUUUCCACGCUGUGAAAUGCUGUAAACCUUUAACCCACUUUGUGUCUGUUGCCACGGUGAUGCUGGUUUUUAGUUCACAUUCACAAUAUUAGAUUGUGCACCACAAGCUGCACAAAGUAUUUCUUCCUUCAAUUCUACUGGCAGUAAAUGUCUCUACUGAAGACAUUUAAAAACAAAAAAGCAAAAAAAAACAGGUACUCAAAAAAGUUAGCAGUAGAUCAAAUCAAAAAUUCUUCACUGUUUUUUUUUUUCACUCUUCAUUGAGUUUUAACUAGCACACCCUGACUGAUACCUUCAUCUAUCUUGUUUCUGUUUCAGUUUUAAUCCCAGAUAAUUCACAUGAUCCUUCAGUUUAAAAGCUAAGCAGUUUCUCUAUAUUGAAAUGAACUUGCACGAACACAGUGCCAUCUAGUGUUCAAAUGGAAUAACUCUUAAAUACUCGGCAUAUAUAGAAGUCGAGAAGAAGUAAAAUGUUCUAAACCUGUGCACAAAAAUGCAACAGAUUCUUUAUCUUUUAUUUAGAUAACAAAGAUGAAGCCAAAUUAAACCAAACUAGGAACUAUGAAUGCAUUAGCAGCAGUCUGUAGUUUUCUGUUAGAUUUUUUUCUCUCACAUUGUUGCUUUCUAUCGUCUCCUCACUGUAUGGAGGCUUGACGACCUCAGUUUUUGCCUCGAGCUCUUUCCAUUGUUCUGUGAUAAAUUAGCCUUGUGCUAAACGACUAAAAUGGCUGCCACUUGUCUGUUUACACCACACUGAAAGCCUGAGCUCAACUGUACCAAAAAAAAAGUGAAGUGAAGUGAAAAUGUUCCUCUCACUUUACUUCUGAUUACACAUGAAGCUUUUUGUAAAGAUUAAACAGGAUAUAAGUUGCUGAAUUUCUUCUUUUUUUAUUUUAUUUAUUUUUUUAAAUUCCCUAUAAUUUUGACUGGAACAGCACACGUGUCCACUUAAACAAAACCCGUUCAAAAAGAACAGAAACUCCACCCAGCAGUCGCUUUUCUACGUUUAACAACAUGUUGCCUCAUUUGUAAUAAGCAGAUCAACAGUUUUUGUCGUAUGAAUCUUGUUUCAGUAUCGUCACCCCGGGUUUCCUUUGGAUGUCCAACAUGAGGACCGAUGCGGCCAAACAGACCAGCUUGCAUUAGUUUUUACAACCACUGGGGUUCUUAGAGUCUUUGUUACAGGCAAGAUUCAAGUUUCCCAAUGUUCUGGUCAAACUCCAGUAGCAACAGGUUACCUGAGACAAUGUUGAUGAUUUGUUUUUUUAAACAGCUGUAAUUGGUUUAAUGUAACCCUGCAUAACAAAACUCAGAGUAUUUAAUGGUCUGUCUCUCCUCUCUGUGUGAUUCACUGAGUUUUUGUGUUGCAUAACUCUGAUGGUUGCGUGUGGUACAAUAUGUAAAUAAGCUUGUAUAUACUUGUAAAUAAAUCAUUUUUGAAUAGACCUUUUUGUACCUGGUUGCUACUAUCAAAGUAAGAGACUUGUUUACAUUAAAAAUAAUAAUAAUAAAGGAGUGUAAAUUGCACAAA